AUGCUGGUGGCCUUCAAAAUCCUUAGCGCCAUCUAUCCGGUUCUCUAUUCCCGGCGAGAGUUGGAACACUUGGGCGUGGGUGAGCAUAGUGCUGCUUGGGCGGAGACCUUGAAGAACGUCACCAGCCUUUGGCAUCAGCUCAGCCUGGCGUGCUUCUUGAAGGAGGAGCAUGUCUUGGAGGUGCAAGGCUUGGAUGCCUGGAUGCAUUUGCAGUUCCAGUGGCUGGCUCUGAGGAUUCUGGCCUUGUUGGCGCUGGUGCCCCUGGCGGUGUGUCCAUUGCACUGGACACACGGGGGGAGCCGCGAGGUGUUUUCGAGGCUCAACUUGGCGGUGAGUGAGGAUCGCUCUUAUGUACUUUGGCUCCAUGUGGCAGUGGUUUGGGGCGUGAUCAUGCUCACCACUCGACAGCUGCAGAUGGCCAUGAAGACCUUUGUGCCUGUGCGCUACCGCUUCCUCAGUGCUAUGCGCUUCCCUCAAGCGACCACCGUGCUGGUGGAGGGCCUUCCGGACUCCUUAUGCUCCGACCUGCGUUUGCACUCCUAUUUUUCCAACCUCUUCGGAGAAAAUGCGGUGGUCCGCUGCUAUGUGGUGCGGAACGCCAAGCUGUUGUCCAAGAAGCUGGAUCGACUGCGGAAAGCGCAGCGGGCCUUGGAAAGAGCGACCCGAAGCGAAGGGGAGGCCUCGCCUUCCUCUCCCAUGGUGCAAUUCCGCCUCGAAGCGCUGAAGGAUAUCACGGAGGAAGUGGCUGCGGAGCGCAUACGCCUGGGGCGCUUGUCUCAUGCCUUGGAUCCAGAUGUGUGCACCAGCACUGGCUUUGUGACCUUCAGCACGCGCUUGGACAUGCGCCUGGCCGCCCGGGAGCAGUUGGGUACGGAGUCCUUCGCACUGCAGCUGCAAGCGGCUCCCGAUGUGGAGGAUGUGAACUACGAGAGCCUCCUGGUCCGACCCAGCUUCACACAGCAGCGUUUGGGGUACUUGAGCGUCUUCAGCGUCUUUGUGGCCUUUCUGCCGGCGGUGGUCUUCUUGUCAACGUUGAUGAGCCUGAAGUCCUGGGAGCAGAUCUUCCCAGUGAUCCAACGCUGGCGGCGCGUGGUGCCCAUCGUCAUGGAGAUGUUGGAAGGCGUACUGGCCACACUGAGCUUGAAACUGAUGUUGGCCUUCAUCCCUGCGAUUCUCCUGAAGUUGGUUCGAUCAUUUUGGAAGCCGGUAUCGAAAUCCUCCGCACAGCUGCAGCUGCAGAAGACUUACUUUGCUUUCUUGGUGAUCUUUGUUCUAUUGGUCACCUCCUUCGCACAAGGAUUGAUCACCACCUUGUUAUAUGUGGCACAGCAGCCCACUGCGAUCAUCCCGCUUUUGGCCAAGUCCUUGCCCUUGACCUCCAGGUUCUACGUGAACUACAUCGUGCUCGGCUGGGUGUCCUGCUUCUGCGAGCUCCUUCGCCCAGCGCCACUAGUGAUGUACUUGAGCCUGCACGAGUUCUUCUCGGAGCAGGACGCACUGGCACGUGCAGAGGAAGACUCGGUGAUGAUGGGCACGCGAGUGGCACGAUCGACCUUCAUGUUGGUGAUCGCACUGGUCUUUUGCUCCAUUUGCCCUUUGGUUCUCUUGGUGGCAGCUGUGUACUUCUUGGUGGAACGCCUUUCACACGGCUAUUUGAUGCUCUCCGCGGAGCCGCGCGCGGGGGAUUCCGGGGGCGAGCUCUUCGUCCAAGCGCUCAAGCAGAUCCAUACGGGGCUUCUCAUUUAUGUGCUCUUGAUGAUUGGAGUUUUGAGCCCAAGGGGCUGGCAGUUCGGCGUGCUGUUGACGCCGAACCUCUUCCUGGUGAUGUGGUCUGUCCUGAGCCUGGACAGCUACCUGUGGCCGUGCUUGCCCUUGGACCAAGUGAUGAACUUGGAUGACAACGACCCCUGCAGUGAGCAUCGGGCAGAGCUCGUGUAUGAACAGCUGGAGUGUCGAGAAGAACAACGGGUCCCGCAGAUUGUGGUGUCCCGUGCCUCCCUCGCCACCUCAACCGCAGCACCCACAGCACCUGCAGCAUCUGCAGCACCUCCGCCACCUGCGGCACCUGCGGCACGUGCGGCACCUGCGGCAGAACCGGCGACCACACCGGUGCCGCCUUCGCGCGGGGCAAGCUCCAAGCCACCGGAGGAGACUGGCACUUCAGUCCAAGAGGAGGAGGAGGAAUAUGAGUUCUGA